AUGGAUAUAAGUUGUGGUAGGGGUAAGAAUGGAGAGGGUAUCUUGGUAGAUAGGCAUCUCAGAGAAUCGGUGGUAGAGGUUAGGCGGGUGAAUGAUAGAUUAAUGACUAUUAAGUUAGUGGUGGGUGAGUGUACUUUAAAUGUCGUUAGCGCGUACGUGCCGCAAGCAGGCUUGGAUGAGGAGAUUAAAAGGCGCUUUUGGGAGGGGUUGGAUGAGAUCAUGCGUAGCAUUCCGCCUACCGAGAGGUUAUUCAUAGGAGGAGAUUUCAAUGGUCAUAUUGGGUCGUCUGCAGGUGGUUAUACUGAGGUGCAUGGCGGCUUCGGUUUUGGGGAGCGAAAUGGAGGGGGCACUUCGCUGUUGGACUUCGCCAAGGCAUUCGAGCUAGUGAUUGCGAACUCAAGUUUCCCGAAGCGGGAUGAGCAUUUGGUUACUUUCCAAAGUUCGGUGGCGAAGACUCAGAUUGACUAUCUCCUCCUCAGGAGAUGUGACGGAAGGUUGUGCGAGGACUGCAAAGUUAUCCCAGGUGAUACCCUCGCAAUGCAGCAUAGGCUUUUGGUGAUGGACAUUGGUAUUAUAAAUAGGAGGAAGAAGAGGUCAGUUUGA